UAAUUUAUGCAUGUUAGUACAGUACAUUUAUGGCUCCAGCUCCAAUGCACGUUUGAUGUUAGACACGACACGAUGAUCAGCUCAGUUAUGAGUUUAAGGUGACCUCUGACCCCAGUUCUGGAAGUUAAAUGGCCUGCUUUUUGAACAGCGCCCUCUAGAGGCUGGCUAAAGUCCAAUGACUGUGACAGCCAGCCCCCGUCUGCCCUUCAGUUUUCCCUCUGGAAGGUAGUAGUGGAGUACAAGUUUAAAGUACUCCAACAAAGUACAAGAGUGCAGUAGCCUACCUGUACUUUCACAUCAUCCAACAUAAAAAUGCAGUUUGCUGACAUUAAAACCUCAGUGAUAACAACUAAAAAAUAUCAUAUAUUUUAACUUAAGUCUGAUGAGUACUUUUACUUUGAUAUUUUGAGUACAUCUUUCCUGAUUGUAUUGCUGUACUUUUACUUGAGUAGGUUGUCCAAUGCAAGGCGCAGUACUCCACCACUGCAGUAUUAGUACUGCGUGUGUCACGGUAUUUCGUGGUCAGAAACAACGUCAGCGUGCCAUCAAACAUCCGGAGAGCGCGCGCUCCAGCGGCAGCCUGAUCCCAGAGGAUGAGGAGGAGGAGGAGGAGGAGGAAGAUGAUGAUGAUGAGCGCGUGAAGCCGUCGUGCUGCUCGAGGAUUUUACUCUCAGGAUGGCGGGUCUUGUGUCCACCUUCUGACAGAGACGCGGAGAGAUGGGGGACCAUCACCGGCGGACCCGCAGACUCGGGAGCCUCUCCACCAAGUCCCGGGUCUCCAAGGAGACGAAGCUCCGGCUGCGCGUGAUCUUCCUGGAUGACAGCGAGCGCACGUUCGAGGUGGAGCAAAAGGUUUUAGGCGGCGACUUCUUCAACAAAGUGUGUGGACAUCUGAAGCUGCUGGAGAAAGAGUACUUUGGACUGGAGUUCAGACACCACAACGGCAACUACGUGUGGCUGGAGCUGCUGAAGCCGCUGGCCAGGCAGAUCAAAUACACCAGCGAUCUCUUCUUCAGGUUUAUAGUUAAGUUCUUCCCACCAGAUCCCGGACAGCUUAAGAGAGGCCUCACCAGGUAUCUUUUUGCCUUACAGAUAAAGCAGGACUUGUCUAACGGCAGUCUCACCUGUCACGACAACAGCGCCGCCCUGCUGGUCUCUCACAUACUGCAGUCAGAGCUCGGGGACUAUGACGAGGAGCUGGACUGUCACCAUUUAGAGAUGAAGCAGUACGUCCCCAACCAGGAAUAUUUAGACCACAAGAUCAUCAAGUUCCACAAGAAGCACAGAGGUGUGUCUCCGGCAGACUCUGAUAUCCAGCUGCUGGAGGUGGCGAGGAAGCUGGACAUGUACGGCAUCAGGCCUCAUGCUGCCCACGACGGCGAGGGAAUGAGGAUCAACCUGGCUGUCACACACUCCGGAGUACUCGUCUUUCAGGGAAACACCAAAAUCAACACGUUCAGCUGGGCGAAGAUCCGCAAACUGAGCUUCAAGCGCAAACAUUUCCUCAUCAAACUGCACGACAAAGUUGGGCCUUCGUACAAGGACACACUAGAGUUCUCCAUGGCCAGUCGAGAUGUGUGUAAGUCCUUCUGGAAGACCUGCGUCGAGUACCACGCCUUCUUCAGACUGGCCGAGGAACCGAAGACAAUACACAAAACACUGCUGUUCAGUAAGGGCUCCAGCUUCAGAUACAGCGGGCGGACGCAGAAACAGCUGCUGGAGUGUAUGGGGUCGGGGGAGAAGAAACCUUCGCACUUUGAGAGGACCUACUGUCAGUCAGACUACGAUCCCAGACAGUGUCGUUCUUCUCCUGAUCUCCUCACAGACGUCUCCAAACAGUUGUACGAGCACUCCUACCCGUUCCCACACUCGAGUCAUGCCUUGGCGGUACGCAGUCAGGAUGAGUUGGACCCACAUCGAGAUGGGGAUGACAUCGAAAUCUGUGGAGGACGGACUAAACGCAGCCAAUCAUCCGUCGAGGUCACCCAGAGGACCCGCCCUCUCUCCCAGGCCACUCCAGUCUCUCCGUCUCUGCACCCAGUGAUCUCCUCACCCAAGACAAGAUCUGCGUCCACAUCUGUGAUGGAGGACAUGAGGGAGGGACGGAUGGGGACGCAGCGCCAAGCCCAAAGGCUAGCCGGAGUCUAUGGCAACCGGUCACGCCGUCGGCCCAAUCCCCAGCCUUAUCCGGAUGCUGCUCAGCAGCUGGUUCUCCUUUACCCCAAUAGUCCUGCCUACCAGUAUCACCCCAUCCUCCCAUCGUUCCCAUUGGCCGGCUCCUCCCCUCUCAGCCGACACCCCUACUUGACGGACUACGUCGCUGUUUCCUCACUGGAGCGUUUUCCACAGACGAAGAGGCGGGAUUAUGUGACGAUGGAUGGCCUGUCACGGCCGUCUUACUAUCCGCUCAGCCGUGAUUCGCCAUCCCAUUCGCCAAUCAGGAGGAACCUCCGUCCCUCUGGCUCAGGCGGGCUGGGAUUGGCUCGGGUCUAUCAGCCGGGAAGCAAUGGAGCGAGGCUGCUGGGCGUUGGACAUACGGAGGCGGGGCAUUACAGUGAUGACUCUAACUUCCUCCCAGGGCUGCCUCGACGCGUGGCCAGCCAACCAGAUGUCAAGUUUCACCUCUCAAGGAGCUCUAACCCCACCUUUAACCCCGCCUCUGAGUUCCGUCCACUUGGUUACUACCCCCACCUGACACGCCCCUCCAGACCCACCUACCUGCCGCUAAACUCCUCCCCUCUGCCCGAACGACCCACCUCACUGUGCAUGAUCGGAGGCACCGCAGGAAGCUACAGCGAUUCAGACCCGGAGGUGUUCUACCCGUAUUACUGCCCGCCGCUGCCGCUGGGGAAAGUGGUACGGCCUGCUGGACUAGCCAGGAUGAGGUUUUCGUCUGGGAGCCUCCAGCUUGACGAGGAGGAAGAGGGAGAGGAGGAGGAGGAGGAGGAGAUGGAGGAGGAUGGAGCAGCGAAGGAGAAACCCAAAAAGGAGCUGAAGGGUGAAGACAGGAAGAAAGAAAAGACAGAAGGAGACGAGACUAAAAGUCCUGCAGCGAUCACUGAAGUCACGUUGUAGAUGAGGACAAAACCGUGAUGAUCACAUGUUGAUCCGCUGUAGAGUAGACAAAGACAGUUGUAAUGAAUCAGAAUGGCUUUGU